AGCAUGGAUAGCGGAGCCCACCUUCAACUCCGGGAUUCUUACACAGUCUUCUUCCAUAUUAAUUAAUAAUUAAUAAGACGCCCAUUCCGAUCAUCUCCCCUUCAACCAACACCCACUCCCAAAAGAUCUCCUCCUGCUUCAAUUUUCAAUCUUGCAUCAUCAAUGGCGUCAUCUGCUCCGGUUUAAAAUCACAUAAAACACGCUAAAUCUGCGAACCGCUUGUGGUUGGUUACUUACUUUUGAACUAGUCAGAUUAACAUAUGGGAAUUAGGGUUUUAGUUGAUGGCAUUUUCGUAAUUACUAGUAGUAAAGAUAACUGAAUUUGAGAUAAUGGCGUCGUUGCCGCCGGCAUUUGGAGUGCUGCGGCUCCGGCGGCAGUGUUGCAGCUCCGGAAAGGUGACGCCCAUCCGGAGAAUUGCGGUCGGGUCGGGUGGGAACAAUGCUGAGGAAUUGAAGAAGAAUAUGAUGAUGACUCAGAAACUGAGAAUUCAAGCAUUGCCCUUUGCAUCAUCUCAAUCUCUGAUGUCUUCUAGACAAGAGAAGUUUUUUCCACGCUGUACCCCCAAAAAUUCCGGGCCUCAGUUUCGUGACACUCCGCCGAAAAGAGAUACCGGGAUUGCAAAUGAGAAGGAUUGGGGCAUUAGUUUAAAUGAACAUGUGAAUGAAUCUGGUGUGAAUGUGGAUGGUAGUACAUGGUAUAGAGAAAGUGGAGAAGAUUUUGGUGAAAAUGGAUUAAGAUGUAGAUGGACAAAAAUGGGCGGUCAAACUCACGAUGGCUCUUCAGAAUGGAAAGAAACGUGGUGGGAGAAAAGUGAUUGGAGUGGAUACAAAGAGCUAGGUGUUGAGAAAUCGGGAAGAAAUUGUGACGGGGAUUCAUGGUGGGAAACAUGGCGAGAAGUUCUUUACCAAGAUGAAUGGAGUAAUUUAGCAAGAAUUGAAAGAAGUGCACAAAAACAAGCAAAAUCAGGCAUAGAAAAUGCCGGUUGGUAUGAGAAUUGGUGGGAAAAAUAUGAUGCGAAAGGGUGGACCGAAAAAGGAGCACAUAAAUAUGGUAGAUUAAAUGAACAAUCAUGGUGGGAGAAAUGGGGAGAGCAUUAUGAUGGAAGAGGAUCUGUUCUCAAAUGGACGGACAAAUGGGCAGAAACUGAACUCGGGACCAAAUGGGGAGACAAAUGGGAAGACAAAUUUUUCGAGGGUAUCGGGACCCGUCAAGGAGAAACAUGGCAUGUAUCGCCUACCGGUGAACGUUGGUCAAGGACAUGGGGUGAAGAACACUUUGGAAACGGCAAGGUGCACAAGUAUGGAAAAAGCACAGCCGGAGAAAGUUGGGAUAUUGUUGUAGAUGAGGAAACUUAUUAUGAGGCUGAACCACAUUAUGGGUGGGCCGAAGUUGUUGGUGAUUCGAGCCAGUUACUAUCUAUCGAACCGCAAGAAAAACCACCCGGUGUGUACCCGUAUCUUGACUUAAAGUCGUCUUCUGCCUCGUCACUACCAAAAGAUGAUAAUCCUUCAUUGCGUUCACUCUGACUCGAACCGCUAGCUCGUUUUUUUGUGAUCGGACCCAAGAAACAGGCCCUUGGAAGAUCUAGUAGUCUAUUUCUCAUUUAUUUCAAUUCUUGGUUUAGGCAUAUUGGUGUUAGUUCUCUUCUUAUUAACUGUAUUGUUUAAUUUUCUUUCUUUUUUUGAUAGACAUUGUUCAUUCAUUUGAUAUUCAAGCCCAUAUCCAGGGGUAGUUUAGGUCUUUAUCUUCAA